GUCGUUUAAAUUAUUUCACCUUUUUUUAUUCACCUUUAUUAUUUUUUAUAUUGUUACAUUUUAAUACAACUUUUUAAUUCUAAUUCAACAAUUUUUAUUUUUAUUUUUGAAAAUGGGCGCGGGUUGGGCAAUUUCAGUGUUCCGUUCCUUUCUCAACUAUGUUCUCCUCUUGCCCACUCUCCUAAUAUGCGUAGCACUAACGCUAUUUCUCACCAACAUAUUCAUCUCCUACUACUUCCAGCCAUCACGCACAGGUAGCAGCAGCAACAGUCGUUCAGGAACCCACAAACAAACAAUAACCCCGCCAGUAACCCGCAUCCCACGGCUCCAAUUCGCCAGCAAGCUGCCACGCGCCCUACUCACGUCAAUUCUACCCUCAGAGUACACCAAGGACACUUGGGAGCCGCCCACCGUGCGUGAGCUCCAACAGGGCAGCCCACAGCUGGCACAAGGAGUCGGGGUUGUGCUGGACUUGGUUGUGCGGGAUUUUGUCAGCAAAUGGUUUGGAGAGAUCUCAGCGGAUCCGGGGUUUGCCAGGUGCGUCCUGGCGCAGAUCUCCGCAGCCCUGGGGUGUUUGACCGAGAGAGUUAUGGGUGCUGUGGAUUUGGCAGAGUUCAUUGUUGGCGGUGCAUUGCCACUGUUCACCGCGCAUCUGAAGGGCGAAGGCGCGCACCCGGCAUUAAGUGGAUCCACCACGGACAGUCAAGCAGAGGGCAGUGGUGGUGAGGACAGUGAGGAGGCGGUGAAACGCAGGGUGAUGGCGCAUAUUCGGCGCACGGUGGACCUGGUAUUACCCUUGGUGCUGCCGGCUGAGCAGCUGUACGCGCCGCACCGCGUCAUUGUGCGCGAGCUCAUGACUGGAUCCCUGCUAACCCCGAUCCUAAUGAUGUUGGCGGACCCGGAUACCCUGAACCAGCUGGUAGACGGACAGUUGGAAAAAAUGAUCCGCGAACAGGACAUGGUCAACGAGCUGCGCGGGGUGCUCGACCAGCAGCAACCGAUCACCCAUGGGUCCGAGGGGGAUCCUGCAGACGCUCAGGACGACAACGUGCGGUCCUACGAGGAAUUCAUGGCGGUCAUCGACCGCUGCCAAGAUGUCUUUGAAUUGGAGCGCAUCAGCGAGGACAUCCUGGCGCAAAUCCGCAAGCGCCGCAUCCUGAUCAUGGGCCAGAACAAAGACGACAUAGUCCACGGAAUGCGCGUCGGCGACAUCAUCGUGUAUAUUAACCGGUUGUACGUGGCUAAAAAAAAGGCCGAGCGUCGGAUACAGAUGCUCUCCACUGGAAGUCCCCUGCAGCCAGCGCAGCCGGCGCGCCCACCCGUGUCGGCUCCACUGUUGCCGCUGCCGUUGCCGUUGCAGAUUCCAAGUGUGCCGGGCUCGUUGUCGCGGCGCACCGGCGGUGGAUCGCGGGUGUCCGCCUACUACGAGCACCGCGAUGAUCCGACGAAACUCGGCCCGCCGCAAUUCACACUCCGGGAGAUCCUCACCAACAGCUCAUCGCUUUCCGCCUUUGCCGAAUACAUGGAUCUGAUCGGCUGCCGGUUUCUCCUGGAGUUCUGGAUCAAUGUCGAGGGCGUCCGCCACCCACUUCCCGCCCUCCUCCCGCGGAUCAUUGCGUCGCUGUGGAAAACCUACUUCACCUUGCGCGUCGACGAACUGGUUGCAGCCACCACCGCCGGCACCGGCGGAGACCUUGUUGGCGAAGCAAUAUCGAGGGUGCAGAGGUUUUUGAAGCCCCGGAGACGCGCCCAGGGCGAAGUUGAUCUGGACCUGGAUGGGUUGACGGCGCAGGCAAUCGGGCUGUCCACCGACGAUCCGCUCUCUGCACCGCCGCAACCCCUCGGCGCCCACCGCGAAGACCACAAUCCCGACUCCAGCGGCAGCUCCGACCCGUCCAGCUCCGGGUCCGAAUCAGGCUCCGCAUCCGGCGACGAGGCCGAGUCCCUCGUUCUCGCACGCGUCCUCACAACACCAACCCCAGGCGACCUUUUCCUCCCCCUGCACCUCUCCGCGCUCUCCCUAUCAACCACACGCAAAACCCACCAGCUCUCCAUCGUGCGCGCGCUCAUGCGCCAGGCGCAACACCGCGGGCGCACAAACGAGCAGCGCGUGCUGGCCAAGUCGCACAAUGACCUGCGCCGGGAGCUGCGCCGCGCCCGCGAGCAGCAGCGAAUCUACGAGGCGGCGCUGCCGGACCACCAAUUAGGCUCCAGCACGCGCGUGCACGUGCCGCGGGCGGUCAUGCAGGCGGACCACGUAGUGUACCUUGUGGAAGUGCAGCAACCAGGGGGCGGACCGGGCGGCGGACCGGGCGGCGGACCAGGGGAGGGGGCCGAGCGGGUACGUGGCGGCCACGCGCCUACCGGAUGGGUGGUUGGGCGGCGGUACCGCGAGUUCUUUGCGAUGCAUCAAGAGAUCCGCGCUUGCGUGCCUGGCGUGCGUGCGGAGCUGCCUGCGCGCACGCCGCUCGGCCGGCUGCAGCAGCCGAAUCGCGCGCGCACGGUGGAGCUGCGCCGGCUGGCGCUGGAGCGGUAUUUGCAGGCGCUCUUGCGCGACCCGCGCGUGCACCUGUGCGGCCCGCUGCUGGCGUUUCUCUCGUCGGUACCGGCGCCCACGACAAAUGGGGAAGGCAGGGAUUUGGAGGCGGAGGAUGAGGCCGAGGGGAAUGAUGGGUGGAUGGCGCGGAUCCACCGCACGGUGACCAUGGAUAUUGAGGGCAUACCGGGCGCUGCGUCGAUGCUUGAGCUGAUCGUGCAGGAGCUGGGCGCCCAGGUGGCGCUUCAGCAGCCGCACCUGUCUCAGCAGCAGCCGCACCCGUCUCAGCAGCAGCCGAACCUGCCUCAGCAGCCGCACCUGCCUCAGCCGCACCUGCCUCAGCCGCACCAGCCUCAGCCGCACCAGCCGCACCAGCCGCACGCUGCCUUCGUUGAUCCGCUCAGCGACCUCUUCAUGCAGGUCUUCGGCCUGACCAACCGCCGCAACUGGCUGCGGCGCCAGGCGAUCUCGAUUCUCCUGCGGCAUAUUUUCGGCGGCACGGUCGAGCGCCGCAUCCGGGACAUUCUCGGCCAAGCGACCGAAGACAAGAGACUCGCAGAGCUCCUGGACAAUGUGCGCAGAUCCCUGUGGGCGGAUCUGCCCAAACGCAACAACGGCUUUGGCUUUGCCGCGUUUGCUGCGCCGCCGGCGGGGAAAAGGCCGAACGACAUGAGGCGGGAGACGGCGGCGAGGGCGCGCGCUCGUGUGCUGGCGUAUGUGCCGGGUGUCCUGGGGUCAAUGGUUGGCCGGCGGAACGCUCGUGAGGGCGCGCGUACGCUGAUUGAUGCUGUGCAGGACCGUGGCCGCAAUCUUGGGCUGGUCCUGCACGUGUUUGACCUGCUGGUCGCCACGAUGUUUCCUGAAAUAAAGUACCAAAUGGAUUAA